CGUGGUGGAUAGACUGAGGACAGCUGUGGAGGGAAGCCCCACGCCAGAGCAAAGUUGUUUCUCUCCACUCCCUCCAGUGUCUGCAGCUCGCAGCUUCUCGCUCUUGUUUGCGUGAAAAAAGUUUUUUGGCGAGCCGCUGUCUCCUCCUUCAAUUCUCCGGGAAGUGCUUUGGUUAAAAAAAAUUAAAAAAAAACUUUGCGAGGAACUCUCACUUCGCUUCCCCCACCUGUUGCUGGAAGGGACGGAGCAGCGAGAACAGCGACUCUAAACUUGGGGACUGACCCGGACCGGGGUUCCACGGUCCGCGCUCCUCCAGCAGCAGCAGCAGCCGCCCGGACGCCCCGCACCGCACCGCCUCAUAAAAACGGCCGCUUUUGUGACCAAGAGCAGGACUUUAGACAUCGAGGAGGGAAAGGAAAGGAAGGAAGGGAGGAAGGGGUCCAGAAAGUGACACUUGAAGGAAUCUGUGCGCGUCUCGUAAAAAAAAAAAAAAAGCGCUGCCUGUGAAGUUUCCAACCGGACAGACAGACAGACUUCAACACCUCGGAUGGUGGAAGGAGAUUUUUAAUUUUUUUCCCCAAGCAGACUUGAGCAGCAAUUCUACUCCAAAGAAGAAGAAGAGAAGGUUUGGUGCUGACUAUAGCAAACUUUAGGACAGAGGUGCUUCCCCUCCACUCUCUCCCCAUCGCCUCGCCCCCCCACUGGCAUAGCUCCCGUCAAACCCAGACCCACAGAGCACUUUGCCCCGCACCGGCUGCUCAGUGGCGCCGCGGCGGACGAUCAUGGACAACGGGCCCGUCUCGAGGAGACGGACCGGAGCCGUCCGGCAUCUGCUCCAGCUGUCGUGCGUCGUCCUCGCCUGCAGUUCCCAGCUUCUGAUGGCGGAGGCGACUUCGUGGUGGUCUCUAGGUCUGACCCCGAUCCAGCGGCCCGAGAUGUACAUCAUUGGUGCUCAGCCUCUCUGCAGUCAGCUUUCUGGCCUUUCACAGAGUCAGAGGAAGCUGUGCCAGCUGUACCAAGACCACAUGAGCUACAUCGGAGACGGAGCGAGAACGGGCAUCAAGGAGUGCCAGUACCAGUUCAAACAGAGGAGGUGGAACUGCAGCACUGUGGACAGCACGUCCGUGUUUGGACGGGUCAUGCACAUUGGCUCAAGGGAGACUGCAUUCACGUACGCCAUCAGCGCGGCCGGUGUCGUCAACGCCAUCAGUCGGGCGUGCCGCGACGGCGAGUUGUCCACAUGCGGCUGCAGCCGCGCCGCCCGGCCCCGCGAUUUGCCGCGCGACUGGCUGUGGGGAGGCUGCGGCGACAACGUACAUUACGGCUACAGAUUCGCCCGGGAAUUUGUCGAUGCCAAGGAGCGGGAGAAGAAUUACCCGCGCGGGUCGAGAGAGUCUGCUCGAAUUCUCAUGAACCUGCACAACAACGAAGCGGGGAGACAGGCCGUCUACAAACAAGCCUAUGUCGCCUGCAAGUGUCACGGAGUCUCCGGGUCCUGCAGUCUGAAAACGUGUUGGCUUCAGCUGGCUGACUUCAGGCGAGUCGGAGAAUUUCUGAAAGAGAAAUACGACAGUGCUGCGGCCAUGCAGAUUGGACGCAAGGGAAAGCUGGAGCUGAAAGACAAGCGCUUCAACAACCCGACACCUGAGGACAUGGUCUACAUUGACCCAAGCCCCGACUACUGUCUCCAGAACGAAACCACAGGCUCGCUGGGAACGCAUGGCCGCUACUGCAACAAAACCUCAGAGGGUAUGGACGGCUGCGAGCUGAUGUGCUGCGGCAGAGGCUAUGACCAGUUCAAGACGUACAAGCACGAGCGCUGCCACUGCAAGUUCCACUGGUGCUGCUACGUUAAGUGCAGGCGCUGCACAACUCUCGUGGACCAGUUUUUGUGCAAAUAGCAAAAAAGGUGGGUUAACUCUGACCCAAAGAAAUCGGAGUGAAAACAGAGGAGAGGAAGGAGGCGAUUAUGACGAAUGAUGAUAUCCAUUUUAAUAUAAAGAGCUGAUCAAUGGACUGAUAUAUAUACAUAUAUAUAUAUAUAAAAAAGAUGUCCAGUAUCCUGAUCACGGUCCUGAUGGAAGAACAAAACGGCACAAACGAGGAUGAAAGGGAAACAAAAGAACAGGUUUCAAUCCCUUAAAGUGGGGACACAUUGACCUCUGUGAGCUGAAGAGAUAAAAAAUAAAUAUAUAAUUAAUAAAUAAAUAAAUCUACAACUUACACGUUUUAAUUUAAAGAGACUUGUGUUUGUUUUAAAGUGUGAAGCAGCCUUGAUUCCUCUGAUUGCCUGCUGCUUUUUGUAAUGCAAGAGCACUGCUAACAUCAGCGUAUGCACUCCCAUCCCACUGGCAGGAGCAAAGAAACGCCCCAAACUACAACCAGCAGAAAGGAAACAAGUCAAGGUGACAAUGAACCCAAAGUGCCUUAUAGAAGUAUUCAUACCAGUUCAGCUCUUCCAUAUUUUUCAAGUUUCAUCCAAAAACUUGAUUUCAUGUGACGAACCGACAAAAAGUGGUGCAUAGAUAUGCAGUACAAGGAAAACAAUCCAUGGUUUUACUUUGUUGAGCCAUUUUCUGCUGCAAUUAUAGUUAUAAAUAACAUUCUGCCCUGAACAAGUUUUAUGUUGCUGUUAGGAUAGUGGAAGCAUCUCUCUGUUGAGUAGACAACACUCGACUAUUACUAAAAAUAAAGAGAUCAGGCUCACGUCUCUGAGCAUUGCUGCGAGCUAUUCCAACCAGAAAAUCUCUUUCUGCUGUGUUAUAGUAUGGGACUUCAAGCAUGAUGAUCCUACCACCAUGUAGGGAUUAAAUCAAACAUGUCCAGUUUUAGGGUCUGUUGGACUUUUUUACUAAAACGUUUUCUGUCUUUAACUGGCCAAAUCACAUGCUUUCACAUGUGUGCUGUGCUCCCUUCAUGGCUCGUUGCAACGUGAAUUUCUUUAGGGACUUGCACACCAAAUGCAGCAUCAACUCCACCAACCUCUGAAAUCCAUUCAUUUGUGCUUCAUGCUCCACGCGGCAAUGUUUUGUUUUUCUCUUUUUUUUCCUGCGCUGAGCAAAUGCCAUUGAACUGUAUCUCCUCCCUCAGCAUUGAAGUGCAAGUAGCUCGGUAUGGCUUGUGUUGCGCUCAGGUUAAAGUCGAUAUUUGUUGAACUUUGACUGCAGUUACACAGCGACAGAACCUUGCGUGGCCAAUAGGUACAAGAUAUCUAUCAGACUGCUCCACGCUGAGUCAAAAGCAGGAAACCAAACUCCUUCACUUGCUUUCUAAAGGGUCACAUAUUUCUUUAUCUGCUUCUUUUUUGUUGGUUUUAGCACAAAGGAAAUGUAAGAUCUGCAAAUCAAACAUAACAAUAAUGCUUUUUAUUGUGAAACUCUACCUCUUGCUUUGUACUUUGCUACGGAGGAACAGAGUGCAGCACCAUCAGUGUUGCUUCCAGUUUAGCAUGACAGGAGUCACUGCUGAGACACCUGCUGUGAAGCUCAAAGGAGUGUCUUUGUUUUUGUCACUCUUCCUUCAAAGCCAGGUUUGUGAAGUGCACAGCUAUUAGUUGACCUCUAAUCUCUAUUCUCCUUGUCUGAUUACGAUCAUGUCUUGAAAGGUUUGCAGUUCUUAUAUCUAUUUUUAGAUGAUGGAUUGAACAUCUUAGUGAGAGGUUCAAAGCUUGAGGUAUUGUUUUAUAACCUCUCUCAGCUUUAACCUCCUCUGCAAUGUUUUCUGUGACCUUUCUGCUUUAUUCCUUGGUUUUCAGGAUGCCGUUUGUUCACUAAUGUCUCCAACAAAUCUGAGGCUUUUGAAGAACUGUUGAGUUUGAGCUGAGAUUCACCGAAGUGCAUACAGUUAGGGCCAGAAAUAUUUGGACAGUAACCUAAUUUUUCUGAGUUGGGCUCUGCAUGCCACCGCAUUGGAUUUGAAAUGAAACCUCUACAACAGAAUUCAAGUGCAGAUUGUAACGUUUAAUUUAAAGGUUUGAA